AUGGCGACGGUGAUGGCGGAGAAGAAACCGAAAACGAAGAUCGUCUGUACCCUAGGUCCCGCAUCCAGGUCCGUUCCCAUGAUCGAGAAGCUUCUUCAAGCAGGCAUGAACGUCGCUCGUUUCAACUUCUCUCAUGGCUCCUACGAUUACCAUCAGGAAACCCUAGAUAAUCUCAGAACCGCCAUGAAUAAUACCGGUAUCCUCUGCGCCGUUAUGCUCGACACUAAGGGGCCGGAGAUUCGAACCGGAUUUCUCAAGGAUGGGAAGCCCGUUCAACUGAAACAAGGUCAGGAAAUAACCAUUUCCACUGACUAUACUAUAAAGGGAGAUGAGAAUACAAUCUGUAUGAGCUACAAAAAGUUGGCUCAAGAUGUGAAGCCUGGGAGUGUUGUACUCUGCGCUGAUGGUACCAUAUCGUUUAAAGUUUUAUCAUGUGAUGUAAAAGCGGGUUUGGUUAACUGCCGCUGUGAGAACUCUGCUGUUCUUGGCGAGAGAAAGAAUGUUAAUCUGCCGGGAGUCAUAGUGGAUCUCCCGACUUUGACUGAGAAAGACAAAGAAGAUAUCAUGGUCUGGGGAGUUCCUAAUAACAUUGAUAUGAUUGCGCUUUCUUUUGUUCGAAAAGGUUCUGAUCUGGUGCAAGUUCGGAAGUUGUUGGGGAAACAUGCUAAGAACAUACUUCUCAUGUCAAAGGUUGAGAACCAAGAAGGAGUUGCAAACUUUGAUGAUAUCCUUGCAAAUUCAGAUGCAUUUAUGGUGGCACGUGGUGACCUUGGAAUGGAAAUUCCAAUAGAGAAGAUAUUUCUUGCUCAGAAAGUGAUGAUUUAUAAGUGCAAUAUCCAAGGGAAACCUGUUGUUACUGCAACCCAAAUGUUGGAGUCAAUGAUCAAAUCUCCCCGUCCAACCAGAGCUGAAGCUACUGAUGUUGCCAAUGCAGUUCUGGAUGGCACAGACUGUGUCAUGCUUAGUGGUGAAACUGCUGCUGGAGCUUAUCCAGAACUUGCUGUUCGAACUAUGGCUAAAAUAUGUGUUGAAGCUGAGAGCACCAUUGACUAUGGAGAUGUAUUUAAAAGGAUAAUGGAGCACUCGCCAGUACCCAUGAGCCCAUUGGAGAGUCUUGCUUCUUCUGCGGUUAAAAUGGCCAACUCAGCUAAAGCAGCACUCAUAUUGGUUUUAACUAGAGGAGGGAGUACUGCAAAAUUGGUGGCUAAAUACAGAGCAGGCAUGCCAAUUCUUUCUGUUGUUGUUCCUGAGAUUAAGACUGAUACCUUUGAUUGGUCCUGCAGUGAUGAGGUCCCUGCCAGGCAUAGCUUGAUAUUCAGAGGAUUGAUUCCAGUACUAAGUGCAGGUUCUGCAAGGGCUUCUCACGCAGAAACAACAGAAGAGGCACUAGACUUCGCCAUUCAGUAUGCGAAAACAAAGGGUCUCUGCAAUAACGGGGAUUCUGUGGUGGCUCUCCAUCGUGUGGGUGUUGCAUCAGUCAUCAAAAUCUUGACUGUGAAAUGA